UUUACAACCAACUUUAUCAAUUAGCUAUUUUAAUUAUACCACCAAUCCACCAAUCCAUCCAACCAACUAACCAUCCAACCUACCACCUGGUAACUAUAACUACCAUCUCAUCCAUCCACAAUACCCAUCUUAACCCAUCCCAUCCAUAGAUCCCAUAUCGUACGUCUCAUAUCUAUAGACAACUAUCAUCUAAUUAGCCGAUCUAUCUAUUAGAUAGCUAUCUUUACCUUUUACCUCCCCUUAUCUUGAUUCAACUGUCAAUAUUACUAAUCAAGAUAACAUCAUAUCUAAUAACCAUCCCAUCCAACUUAUACUCAAUCUAAUCCAAUCAUAGUCCAUACUAAUAUCAUCCACGCUCUCCCUCCCAGUCAAGACACAAGAUCUUUGUUCGUAAAUCUGCAUAACUCAUAAUCAACUACCACCAUUCAUUCAUCCAUCCAUCAUGAGAAGAAGAGAUCCCUAUAACUCAAAUCUAAAUCCUCAGAUAGAUGAUGACUUGAACAACUCACGAGCUUACAGCUCGUAUUUGGAUGAUGAUGAUACAACCAGUGUCAACUCCCAUAAUCUUAAUAAUUCAUCUUCCAUCAAUAGUACUUCCAAGACUUCGUUCCUACAAAUGAAAGCAAAGUUUAAACCAAGAUCAAAUCAUAAUAGUCAUAAUAAUUCCAGUUAUUUAAAUCCUACUAAUACCAAUUACAGUAAUGAUAAUCUAAGUGAUAAUUCAUCCACUGAUUCAGCAAGUAUAUUAAGUGGUGGAACUUUAAAUACUACAGGAACUUCAAGAAGGCAAAGUUUGGGUAAUACUUUAUCCAAGACUUUCACUAAUAGAUCAGCAAGUUCGACUAGUAUAGUACCAGGUCCUCAAAUAACAAAUUCAAAUCAUAAUAGAAAUGCAUCAACUUAUAGUAUAUCAACCAUUCAACAUAAUAAUAAUAAUAAUAAUAAUACCAAUACCAAUACCAAUACUAAUCAUACCAAUAAUAUAAAUAACAAUAAUCCACCCAUAAUUAAUAAUAGUAACCCUUAUGAUAUACCCACCAGUUUAUCAUCGCCCACUGGUGCCAUCAAUAAACGAAUAAAACCAUCCGUAUUAAGUCGAAAAUCAACUGUUUCAUCAAUGGUAUCACCAGGAGCAACCAUAAUAUCAAAACCUUCCUUAGUUCCUUCAAUUACCAACGAUUCAAUAGUUGGCAAUAAUAAUUCAUCAUCAUCUUCUUCAUCAUCAUUUCAUUUGGAAAAACCACAUCUGAUUUAUGAAAUUGAUAAAUUAUUUCGGGAAUUGAUGGAAAAGAGAGAUUUUAGAUCAUUACCUCAAAAUGCAAAGAAUGAAAUGAUAAAUUAUAGUCCUGAUAAAAAAUGGAUGUUAAUUUAUCAAGAUGCUUUAACUGAACAUAAACGUCAAGAAAGAACUACUAAAAAUAAAGAAGAAAAUUCAUCUCCCGAUUUUUAUAGUCGAAAAUUGGUAUCAAAAACAAUAACUGCUUUACAAUUAAAGAAUUUAUGGGUAUCAUUAAGAACUGAACCUAUAGAUUGGGUUAGAGAAUUCAUAUUUGAUUAUCAAGGUGAUGCUUUAUUAUCAACAUAUUUAACUAAAGUUCAAGAACAAAUAAACCAACUGGAAUCUCUUGAUAUUCAUGAUACUUUAUUUGAUAAAGAAUUUAAUACUUUAAAAGCAUUAAAUUGUUAUAUGAAUCAAAAAUUAGGUGCAGAAAGAGUUAAAACCGAUGUUACCAUGUAUGUUAAAGCUGUAUCUGGAUCCUUAUUAACUCCUAGACUUUUAACUAGAAAGAUUGCAGCUGAAUCUUUAACCUUUAUGAUAGCGUACCAUCGUGAUGAAUCAGCUGGAAAUGAUAAAUACCAUAAGAUUUUAAAAGCUUUGGAUACCAUACCAUUAAAACCAUAUUUUGAAUUUGAUCAAGAUUCAACUUCAACAACAGUAAUAACUUCAACUAAAAAUGGAAGAUUAAUAAGAAAAUCAGCUCAACAAUUUGUUUAUAAACGUUUUGAAUUAUGGUUAAGAUUAGUUGAAAAAACUUUAGAUGGUAAAGGUAAAUAUUUAAAUUCAGUAGUUGGUGCUAGUGAAGAAUUAAAGUAUGCUCAAUCCAGUUCCAAUGGAAGUAUAGAAAAUCAAUUAUCAGAAUAUUGUUUAAGUAAUAUGAUGUUGAUUAAUGCCUUAGUUGAUUUUGCCAAUGAUUCAAAUUCAAGAUUUCGUUUACGUUCACAAUUUACAGCUGCAGGUAUAGAUCGAUUAUUGGAAAAAUUUCAACGUUUAAAUUAUGAAAGUUUAACUAAACAAUGUUCAAAGUAUAUUCAAUUUGCUGCUGAUGAUGCAGCUGAUUUAAGAACUAAAGAUCAAUUUGAUGAAAAUUUGGAUUUUAAUAAUCCAGUGGAAAUCAUUCAAUCAUUAUGGAAUCAAGUUAAAAGUAGUGAAUCAGAAGGUUAUUUCAUAAGUGCAAUGCAAAAUCUUUAUUUAAAUCAAGCUGAAAAGAAAGAUAAUAGUGAAGAAUUAGCUCGAAGUUUAAGAUUAUUAGAUGGAUUAAUUCAAAAUGUCUCCCUGAAUACUUCUACUGAUGACGAUACCAACAUAAGAGUUGGUAUAAAUCGUGUUCUUUCAAGCUUAGCUACCGACGAAUUAUAUCGUAAGGCUCAAGACGAAGUGAAAUUAUUCAAAAAGCUUGCCGAAGAAGCAACCGCCGAAAGAGAUGACAUGUCAAGACAAUUGUCUAUGGGAGCUGAUGGUUUAAUUACUAAUUUAUCUAAUGAAGUUCGUGAACAAGAAACUGUAUUAUUUAGAACUCGAAAAUUAAAUGAAGAAUUAAGUGAAGAAUUAGAUGAGUUAAAGAAGAAACAUCUUCGUGAAAAGCAACAACAAGAAUUAGAAAUGAGAGAAUUGUUAAUCAUGUUAAAUAAUCAAGCUAAAAUUGAGACUAAACAUAGUAUUGGUGAAAAUGGAAAUGGUAAGACCACAGUCUCAGUUCAAACUACUAAUGCUGAUUUGAUUUCAAAAUUACAAAAACAAAUUAGUCGUAGAAAGGCAGAAUAUAAAGCUGAUAACCGUCAAUUUGGAGCUCAGGUUGAACCAAGUUCAAGAUUAAGAGAAUUAAGAGAUAAAAUGGCUGAUAUUGAAACCAUGGCCAGAGAGUUGGAAAUGACUGAAUUUGAAACUUAUGUCGAGCCAACUAAUAAUAAGAGCCCAUCUGAACCUGAAAUAGAAGAUACUUUAUCAGAUACUUCAGAAGAAUACGAAGAAGCUCAAGAAGAUGUCCAAGAUGAAGAAGAAAUAGAGGAAGAACCAAUAACGGGACCAGCAAGACCAGUAAGAAAAGAUGAUUUGGUCAAAUUAGACAAUUUAAGGAAAAAAUUAGCUUCUCUUCAAAAUGAAUCUAAUGAUAUAAUGAAAUUCAAUAAUAGUGCUAUGUUUAGUAAACAAAAGUUCUUAGCUAUGGAAAGAUUAAGAGAAUUAGAAAAUAACUUUAAAGAUUUUAAUAUUGACUUUAAUUCUGAAGAACAAGACAAUCAUCAACAAUUCAUGUUUGAAACUCCAGAAGAAAUUGAUCCAUCUAUAAAAUCUAAAAUUCAAGAAGAAUUAUAUGAAGUUCAAAAAUUGAAAGCAGAAUUAAAGAAAAAGUUGGCUUCUAUUGAUUCAUCUCCUAAACAAAACAGAGACUCUAAUAGAUUUUCAAGAAUUACACUUGGAAAAUUGGAAGCUAAAUAUGAACAAGGUCAAGUUAAACCUGCUACUAAUAUGGAUAUUGUCAGAGGUUCAGGCUCACCAAUUAGAGAUUAUAAAGACCAUCGUAAAACAGCUAUUGGUGGAAUGGAUCCUAAAUUCUUACAAGAAUUGAAAUCAAAAGUGGCUCAAACUGAUGCUAUUGAUGAUGUCAAAUCAAAUGGUAGACCUCUCAGUCCAGUUAAGAAAGUUGAAGUUCCUGCCCCGCCAAGUAAUGCUGGCGCUGCACCACCACCUCCUCCACCGCCUCCACCAUUGCCUUCACUUUUGGGAGGCAAACCAACAGGUGCUGUUCCUCCUCCUCCACCACCUCCACCACCACCACCACCUAUGCCUGCAUUAUUAUCCGGAAACGGAAGUGGGCCACCACCUCCACCACCUCCGCCUCCUCCAUUCCCCAAAUCAUUAGCUGGAUCUAGUGGUUCAAACGUUCCUCCACCUCCACCACCACCACCUCCAUUCCCAAUGCCAAAUUCUAAACACAAAGCUACUCCAUUACCAGUAGUUUCACAACCUUCUCCAUUUGAUAAUUUCCCAAGACCAAAAAAGAAGUUAAAACAAUUACAUUGGGAUAAAUUCGAUAAUGAUACAUCUAAUUCGUUUUGGCAACAUACUGAAACCAGUACUAUUGCUAAUGAACUUAAAUCAAAAGGUGUAUUUGAUGAAAUUGAAUUAAUCUUUGCAGCCAAAGAAAUCAAAAAAUUGGCAUCUAAGAAAAGAGAAGAAGUUGAUAAAAUCUCAUUCUUAUCUCGUGACCUUGCUCAACAAUUCAGUAUCAAUUUACAUUCAUUUAGUAGUUUAACUGACGAUGAAUUGGUUUCAAAAAUCUUAAGAUGUGACAAAGAUGUUAUUCAAAAUCAUGCAGUUUUAGAAUUCUUAGGUAAAGAAGAAAUGGUCGAAGUAACGAAUUCCUUAGCUAGAAACUUUGAACCAUAUUCUACUGAUUAUAAAGUUGAAAAUCCACCUGCUCCUGAUAAGGAUAAGAAUGAAUUACAAAGACCUGAUAGAAUCUACUUGGAGUUAAUCUAUAAUUUGCAACAUUAUUGGAAAUCAAGAAUCAGAGCUUUAUUUGUUAUGGCCAACUAUGAAAGAGAUUAUGAAGAUUUAGUUAUUAAAUUAAGAUCAAUUGACGAAGUUGUUGCAAAUAUUAGAGAUUCUAAGCAAUUGAAGAAUGUGUUUGAAAUUAUUUUAACUGUGGGUAAUUAUAUGAAUGAUUCUACAAAACAAGCUCAAGGUUUUAGGUUAAGUUCUCUUCAAAGAUUAAGUUUCAUGAAGGAUGAUAAGAAUAGUAUGACAUUCCUUCAUUAUGUGGAAAAUAUUAUUCGUACUCAAUAUCCUGAAGUUUUAAGCUUCAUUGAAGAAUUGGGAAAUUGUACUGAUGUAGCUAAAUUUUCAAUUGAAGGUAUUGAGACUGAUUGUCGUGAAUAUGCCCAAGCUAUAAAGAAUGUUCAAAGUUCAAUUGAUAUUGGUAACUUAAGUGAUUCGUCUAAAUUCCAUCCUCAAGAUAGAGUAUUGAAAGUCGUAUUACCAACCUUAACGAGAGCGAAUAAGAAGAGAGAAUUAUUAGUUGGUCAAGCAUCUUAUACCAUGAAAGAGUUUGAUAAAUUAAUGAGAUACUUUGGAGAAGAUCCUACUGAUUCAUUUGUUAGAAAUAGUUUUAUCUCAAAGUUUUCUAAUUUCUUAAAGGAUUUUAAGAGAGUUCAAGCUGAAAAUAUAAGAAGAGAAGAAGAACUUAGAAUUUAUGAACAAAGAAAGAAAUUAUUGGAAACUCCAAAAUUACCUGUUUCACCAGGUGGAAAUAAAACUGAUGAUGAUAAUGAUGAUUCAAAUAUUAUGGAUUCAUUACUUGAAAAGUUGAAAGCUGCUGGACCACCAAAAGGCGAAUCGACUUCAGCCCGUAAGAGAGCUUUGUUAAAGAAGCAAUUACUAGAAAGUCCUAAUAGACUGUCCACCAAUGUUGGAGAACAAAACUCCCCAGAAAAAAUUAUUGAGGAAUCAGAAACUUCACUCAGUCAAGAUGAGAAUAAUAGUCCUGCUUCUGACGGUAAUGGAGCUGACUUGGAAUCUGACAUCUCUAAGAAGGAUGUUAAUUUAAGAGCCAGAAGUUUAUUAAAAGAACUUAGAGGUGCCAAUGAAGAAGAUUCAUCGGAAAGGGUAUCAGCAGCUCAGAAAUUCAGACUCGAAAGAAGGAAAAAGACACCUACUCUUGAUUUUGAUAGUGAUCCAUCAUCGCCUAUUAGUGAAAGAGCAUCUACAGAUUAAAUUAUUUAGUGAAUGUGAGAAUUGUUACAUUAUAUGA